AUGGCCGAACCUGCCUACCCUGCCACGCUGAACGGCAUCUCUGAUGCCCCCCUUAGGGACCGAUAUGACCCCGUUCGCCUGACCUCCGACCACAUUGUCCCGAUUCUCGAGCUGCCUCUAGCACGGAAAGUUCUUGGCCACGAUGCAUCUGACAGCGAAGUCGUCGCGAAGCUCGCCAGUGCCGAGGUCUCCUACACCUCUUUCGUUGCUGACCAGGCCCGCGCCGUCCUCGAGGCCCCGCGCGAGGGGUUAACGUCCGAGCAGACACAAUCUCAGCUCCUGCAUAUUGGUCUUGCGGCCCUUUUCAGUUUCCUGCAGUCAAACGUCACCGGUCCGCCACUAGAUUUUAACUCGGCUGAAGCGGUCCUCCCCUCCUCUCUGCGCAGCGAUACCGCCACCCUUCGAGCCGUGCGGGCCAAGAUAAUCCGUGAUCUUUCCGUGGAUGGAGAAGCAGCUUAUAAGCUCACGCCCAACUCGGAGCUCUUCUCAGUCGCCAAGGCUUUGCUGGUCAAUGCAAACAAUGAAGGAUCAGUGUUGGCGAAGACUGCGCGCGUGCGCGUCAACUUCCUUCACCAGAAGAUGCUCUCCGAGGUUACGAGCACUUUGCAGGAUGAGAUUUAUCAUGGCCUGGAGGAAUUGGCUAAGGUAGAGCUUGAUACUGAAGAGAAGGGUCGGUUCUUGCUGGAGCGGGCUAUCAUAAACACCCAUCAUGGAUUUGAUGGGAAAGCACGGGCGGAUCUAGAUCAGGCUUCCCAGGUCCGGAACUUCGAGUUCGCCUUGACUGGAAAGCUGGGAAAGCGGACAAAGUUCCAGGACCGCGACAUCAGUCAGCUUGUGGUUGUGGCAAAGAGUGCCGAUAUAAAUUCAGCAGCCAAGUCAGGGGAGCCUUCUGGUCCUAAAAACCUGGAUUUGAAUGAUGAUACCCUCCUCGAAGCCAUUUCCUUUGCCGAUAAGAAAUUGACGACUGUCUCAGAUGAGCUCUCUCCGGCCCUACAGUCUGUUGAUCCGAAUGAGCAACCAAUUCUUGACCCUGUGGACUCGGCCAUCCUGCUGGCUAUGGCGUCCGCUAUCACCAACACCGCCCCCGAGAACGGUCUGACGCGCGAGGAAACACAACCUUACGCCACUCGAGUUUUAGAAGGGGGGAGCUCGAAUUGGCAGAUCUACACAGAGGCCCUGUUGGUUCGUAGUCGCGUGGAGGGCUUCCGCUCGCGUACAGUCGAGAGGUCUGUUCUGCAGAUGCAGGCACUUGUUGAUCAAGUCAUCGCGGAUACCGCAACAGACGACUCCGCCGCCCAGCAGCCGUCUUCUGACCCCACCACCUUCCUUCCGCGGCCGGAGAAGUCUGAAUCGGCUCCUGCCGCUGAUCGAAUGGAAUACAUUUGGCUUAUGAACUUCUCGACCCGAUGGAAUCUUGAAGCCGAACUAGCCAAACGUUGGGUUGAGCUGGGUGGUCUUCGGACUGCCCUUGAAAUCUAUGAGAGGCUUCAGAUGUGGGCUGAGGCUGCACUUUGCUACGCUGCAACGGAACAGGAGGCCAAAGCUAGAACUAUGGUACGCCGCCAGCUUUAUGAAGCCAAGGGCCCGAACGAAGACGAUGAGAACGAGCAGUUCGAAGGCCCGGAGCGAUCAACACUACCAGCGGAUGCACCCAGGCUAUUCUGCAUUCUUGGAGACAUUGAAAAGGACGAGAAGCUGUACGAGCGUGCCUGGGAUAUCUCCGGACGGCGAUACGCCCGAGCACAGCGGUCCCUCGCCCGGCAUUAUUUGGCCCUCACGCCACCAGAGCUGGAAAAGGCCGAGGCUGCCUACCGCCAGGGUUUGCACAUCAACCGUCUUAACCAGAGUUCCUGGUUUGCGUUGGGAUGUGUGCAACUCGAGCUUCAGCGAUACGAAGAUGCUGCCGAUUCUUUCACCCGCACUGUGCAACUAGAUGAUACCGAUGCCGAGGCAUGGAGUAACCUUGCCGUCGCCAUGUUGCGCGCACCAGCCCCAGAACCGACCCCCGACGUGGAGGUUGAUGAAAGCACAGGCGAACAAAAAGUCAAGGAGGUUGACCCACACAAGCGUACACGCGAGGCCCUGACUGCCCUGCUGCGCGCCGCUCAACUCAAGCACAGCGAUGCCCGCAUUUGGGACAAUGUGCUCACAGUAGCUGCCACAAUCCCCCCUCCGGCAACUCCUUUCCGUGAUGUGAUCACCGCCCAAAAGCGGGUUAUCGAGCUUCUCGGUGAGAAGAAGGGCGAGAAAUGCAUUGACCUUCCGAUUCUGAGCAUGCUCAUCGACUUCCUCGUCACAGCUUUCGAAUACGAAUCCCUCCUCAUUGAAUCUGGCGAUGGCCCUGUCGUCCGCACCGGCACUAUUCCCGGUCAGAUUAUUUCCCUUGUGGACAAUAAUAUCGUCCCUCUUAUCACCCACUCUUCUGCCCUGUGGGUUCUUGUCUCCCGCGUCGAAAUGUUCCGCAACCGCCCCAGUCGUGCGCUCGACGCUCACGAGAAGGCAUGGCGGGCCACCGUCGCUGCCUCUGCACAGGGUGCUUUCCAGAUGGGCGAUGAGAAGCCGUGGGCCGCCGUCGUGCGCGCUACGGAGAAGCUUGUUCGCGACGGAUAUGCGCGGUACGGGCCCAUGGAUCAUGAAGAUCAGAAGGUCAAGGAUGGUGCAGAGUCGGCGAUGGUCAUGCGUGACUGGCGGUUCAAGGCCCGGAGUGCUGUGCGUGGCGUCAUGGGCAAGGGCAAGGACUUCUGGGAGGAUUCUGAAGGCUGGGAUCGACUGAAAGAGCUGCAGAGUGAAGUUACCGGCAACUAG